AUGAGCGAAGCAAUAACGAAGGUGUCCUCCAUAAUCGUCCUACGAGAUUUUCAGGAACGAAUGAGGAAAAGAAAGUCUUUUAAAUUGGUUCCUUAGAUCAAAGUAGCAUUUUUGCGCAUGAAACACAUGUGCGAGUUGUCGAUCAUCUGUAUUCAUCUUUGCGUCGGAUCGUUAAUGAAUAUAUUUCUACUGACAUGCCCUCGGUAAAAUUCUCUUUCAUUUUCUAAAGCAAAAUUUAUUGCUUCGACUAAGAUGCGUUAAUCGAAUGGAAGACGUGUAAAGAAGCUCACAGAAAGAGCUGAAACGGCACAUCUCAACCAACUUACCGACUACGUGCGCAGGAUUACGUUAGAUGGUCGUGCUGCAAGCUUGGUUGAAAGGCGCAAAUAUGCCAUGGUCAAAUAACCCCUUUUCCGAUGGAUAUGUGACCCUUUACGGGUUUUGAAAUGUUUGCGACUACAAUAACAAAACGUAAAGAGAAGAGCUCGGCAAUGUAAGAGAAAAAGGUAUUAAGACGGACAUGACAAUGCUGCAAUUCGUGAGAGUGCUGGUUGCGAGUUUGAUUAUCGCUUCUGCUGUAGGCGAUGAAAUAAAAAAUGUUCUUCUAUUGUUGGCCGAUGAUGCUGGCCUAGAAAUGGGAGCCUAUCUGAAUAAGUUUAGCCAAACAGCGAAUCUAGAUGCUUUAGCUCGUCGAGGCCUUUUAUUUAACAAUGCUUUCACUUCAGUCAGCAGCUGUUCGCCAAGUCGGGCUCAAUUGUUAACUGGCCAAGCCAGCCACUCAAAUGGAAUGUAUGGAUUGCAUCAUAGUGUUCAUAAUUUCAAUGUCUUGCCGAAUAUACAAUCUCUGCCAAAUGUCUUAAGAGAAAAAUCGAACGGUCAUAUUCUAAGCGGUAUUAUUGGUAAAAAGCAUGUCGGCGCUGCCGAUCAUUUUAGAUUUGAUUUUGAAGAAACCGAAGAAAAACAUCCCAUUAAUCAGAUUGGCCGUAACAUCACCAACAUCAAAUUGUAUACGAGAGAAUUUCUGCGGCAAGCAAAAACGCAGGCGAAACCGUUUUUCCUAAUGAUAGGUUUUCAUGAUCCCCAUCGUUGCGGUCAUGUAACACCGCAAUACGGUGAAUUUUGCGAACGCUGGGGCACGGGCGAAGAGGGCAUGGGCACAAUUCCAGAUUGGAAGCCCAUUUAUUAUGACUGGCGGAACUUGGACAUACCCGCUUAUUUACCCGUAACUGAUGUGGUGCGAAAAGAGUUGGCCGCCCAAUAUAUGACCAUUUCACGUUUGGAUCAGGGUGUUGGCUUGGUUUUAAAAGAGCUGGAAAGCUUUGAUUUCGCAAACAACACUUUAGUUAUGUACACUUCAGAUAAUGGCCCACCAUUUCCGGCGGCCCGUACUAACCUAUAUGAGCGUGGUAUAAAGUCACCGUUUAUUUUGGCCUCGCCUAAUGCCGAAGAUAGACAUCACGAGACCACUGGUGCUAUGGUCUCACUAAUGGAUGUAUAUGCUACCGUAUUGGAUGCCUUUCAAUUAUCGCUCAAUAAUUCCGCAUUUUCAUCCAAGUCACUUAUGCCUUUGCUACGCAAAGAGCCUCGACCGCAGGAAGACGAUGCGGUUUAUGGUUCUCACAGCUAUCAUGAGAUCACUAUGGAUUAUCCAAUGCGCAUGAUACGUACACGACAAUACAAAUUGAUUCAUAAUUUGAAUUAUUGGUCGUACUUUCCUAUUGAUCAAGAUUUCUAUACUUCGCCAACAUUCCAGCAAAUACUCAAUGCUACUCUUCAUCGUGACAACUUGCCCUGGUAUCGUUCACUACAAUCAUAUUACGAACGGCCUGAAUGGGAGUUAUAUAAUAUAAAAUCCGAUACCAUGGAACGUCACAAUUUAGCAGAACAGCCUGAGUAUAAGAAUGUGUUAAAAGUGUUGAAACAACGUUUACACGAAUGGCAAGCGAGCACUAAUGAUCCAUGGCUUUGUGCACCGCAUGCUGUUUUACAAGCCCAAGGAAUCUAUAAAGACAAUCCCGUUUGCCUUACUUUAGGUCAUGAGAGCUUAUGAAAUUGUUAAGCUUUACUUUUAGACUAUCUCAAGUUGAAAAAAUAAUAUGAGAAAUUUAUUUUUAAGAAAGUGUAAUAAAAACUUGAAACACUU